AUGUCGAUAACUCGACCCAACGCCCCUCCCACCGGACAUAGUCGACCGACGCGGCGGCGAAGCACUACACCGGGGAGGGGCAGACGAGCUGUGGGCGAUGAGCGACUCGGACUGGAGACGGUUGUCGCCGUGGCGUCGCGGAGAGCCCGGAAGGAGGGAGGCGGCGGCGAUCUGAAAUUAGGUUUCUACUGUUCUGAGUUUUGGGGGAAUUCGCAAAGUUCCAUGAAGGACUUGAUUGGUGAAGCCUCAUGCUUAAUAUGUUCAGAAAGUUUUAGCACCAAUGUAACAGCUUUGACUGAGCCAAUUGAUAUAUACAGUGAAUGGAUUGACGAAUGCGAACGUGUCAAUAAUGUGGAAGACGACGACUCUUAG